AUGAAUAACGAACUACAGUGGUCAGGACAGUUCACAGCGUCCUCGACGAGCAACUUGACCGGAGACAAGAUUGUCUUGCCUCAAUCCGCCCUUGAACAACUACUUUCGGCUGCUUCUACAGCCGCAGCCGCCACAGAACAACACUCGGACGACUUCCACUCCUACUCGUCCUACUAUGCCGGCGCACAACGAUCGUCACAUCGCCACGAAGAAGCAAAGAACCAAUUACCGCAUCCUCUGACCUUCCGUCUGGUCAACGCGGCCAAUGGUCGAGUCGUCUAUGCAGGCAUCCGCGAGUUUUCGGCCGAAGAAGGAUGCGCCUCUCUGAGCACCUUUCUCCAACAAGCCCUCGACCUGAAAGAAGACGGAGCACAAGUCACAAUACAUGCCCGACAAAUACCGAAAGGCACCUUUGUCAAGCUAAGGCCGCUCAAGGCCGGCUACGAUCCCGACGACUGGAAGGCCCUGCUAGAACAACAUCUACGCUCAAACUACACCACCUUGACUCGUGGCGAAGUCCUGAUUGUGCCUGGUCCUGCAAGAGAAGAGUUUCGCUUCCUCAUUGACUCGUUCAAACCAGAGUCAGACGCCGUCUGCGUGGUAGACACUGAUCUCGAGGUUGACAUUGAAGCCUUGAACGAGGACCAAGCAAGAGAAACACUGGCCAAAAUUGCCCAGAAAAUACAGAAGAAGCAACAAGGUGGAGAAGGUAGUUCUGCUGGCGGCGAUCUAGACGUCUUCAACGCUCGACAGGGUCAAAUUGCGCCAGGAGAUUACAUCGACUAUCAGCUGCCAUCCUGGCCGAGAUUACAACCACUCGAGAUUGAGCUCGAAGCCGCAGAUACAGACGAUGAUGUCGAUAUAUUGGUUUCACCCUUCACGGCACGCCAACGGAACAGGCCUCGCAUCGACGAACACGUCUUUGGCGACUUCAGCGGACGUUCAACCAAGAACAUUCGUCUAGAACCGUCCAAUGUCGAACUGGAAGAUGCAGAGGCUUUGUGGAUUUCUGUUCAUGCGUUCCGUGACGAAGACAGCCAGAGCUCUCUAGGACAUCGCCAAUUUACUCUACGCGUGAAGGUAGGAGACUCGCAACCACCAAACCCAGCAAAAGCACCCGAGCAGCCACACAAUCCAGGAGACGUGCGCUGCAAGAACUGCGGACAGUGGGUGCCUCAACGAACACUCAUGCUCCACGAAAACUUUUGUCUACGCAAUAACAUCCUUUGUCCUCACGGCUGUGGUCAGGUCUUCCAAAAGCGAUCCCCAGCAUUUGAGAAGCACUGGCACUGUCCGCAUGACACUUUCUUUGGCAACAGCACUACCUCACAACAAAAACACAAUCACCUCUACCAUCCCUCGUCACCCUUCGUGUGCUCCUCAUGCAGCACCACUAGCACGUUCUCCUCGCUCCCUCAGCUUGCACAUCACAAAAUUUCUGUAUGCCCUUCCAAGCCGAUCCUGUGUCGUUUCUGUCACUUGUCGGUACCGCAAGAAGGAGACCCUGAUGUUCCUAAUCCAGAAGCAUUACUUUCAGGUCUCACACCUCACGAGUUAGCAGAUGGUAGCAGGACUACAGAGUGUCACCUCUGUUCACGGAUCGUGCGUCUACGAGAUAUGGAUACCCACCUCAAGCAUCAUGACUUGACUCGCAAGUCGCGCUCACAGCCUCGAAUCUGUCGAAACGCAGUCUGUGGUCGAACCUUGGAUGGUACUUCCCGCGACGGGAAUACCAGAGCAGCGGUCAGAGAUGUAGGCAACGAUAUAGGCUUAUGCGCAGCAUGCUUCGGUCCGUUAUACGUCAGUAACUACGACCCUGAAAACAAAGCUUUAAAACGCAGGAUCGAGCGACGAUACUUGACACAGCUCUUAACAGGUUGCGGCAAACCAUGGUGUCGCAACACAUUCUGCAAGACUGGACGAACGAAUACUGGCCAAGGCGGUGCGAUGAGCACGAAAGAUGCUCUGCCCUUGAUCAAGCCUUUUGUGGACGCUAGUAUCCUGCCGGAUCAAGCCAAACCAGUACACUUCUGCGUCGACGAAGCUAGCCAGACUAGAAGAACUCUAGCCGAGCUGAUGAAAGAGGAGAGUGGUAUGAAGGGCGAGGUGUAUUCAUUGCCCUGGUGCAUAGGCGCUCUGGAAGCGGAGAGUGGACAGGCUGAUAGAGCCAGAGAAUGGCUGGGCAAUUGGGCACCCACAAGAGUCGAGGAAGGUACAUGA